GCUUCAUGCCCCCCGUACCCCCGGUCCCCGAGGUUCAGUACUCACAGCUAAGGUAGAGCCAAGGUGAGAGGACAAUGUCACAGAAUGAGACGGGGUAGUCUACUUUUUUUUUGUGCCUCCCUCUCAAGCUUGCGCCUUUUUUUUUAUCGACCGGAUCUCUUGGCUUACUUGAACCUCUUCCUCCCCGUUACCUAACUUAACCUACUUUUUCCUCCCCUCCACUCUAUCCUAUCCCUCAUAUACCUCUCCUCUUCCCUCCGGCAUCUCCGCCUCUUGUUCCUGUUCUUGCUUUUGCACUCGUAUCUUCUUCGUCUGCAUAACUAUCUCUCACAAUGGCUUCUGUCGCCCGUCUCAGCAACGCUGCCCUGCGGGCUUCCCUCCGCUCUACUCCUAUCAAUGGCUCUGUCUUCAACGCCGUUCGAUGCUAUUCGGCUAAGACUCAGACCCUGAAGGAGCGAUUCGCCGAGUUGCUGCCCGAGAAGAUUGAGCAGGUCAAGGCCCUCCGAAAGGAGCAUGGUUCCAAGGUCGUCGACAAGGUCACUCUUGACCAGGUCUACGGUGGUGCCCGUGGCAUCAAGGCCCUCGUCUGGGAGGGUUCCGUCCUCGACUCUGAGGAGGGUAUCCGAUUCCGUGGCAAGACCAUCCCCGAGUGCCAGGAGCUUCUCCCCAAGGCUCCCGGUGGCAAGGAGCCUCUUCCCGAGGGUCUCUUCUGGCUUCUCCUGACCGGUGAGGUUCCUACUGAGCAGCAGGUCCGCGACCUCUCCGCUGAGUGGGCUGCCCGCUCCGAUCUCCCCAAGUUCGUCGAGGAGCUCAUCGACCACUGCCCUACCGACCUUCACCCCAUGGCUCAGUUCUCUCUGGCCGUCACCGCCCUCGAGCACACCUCCAGCUUCGCCAAGGCUUACGCCAAGGGUAUCAACAAGAAGGAGUACUGGGGUUACACUUUCGAGGACUCCAUGGACCUCAUUGCUAAGCUCCCCAACAUUGCUUCUCGCAUCUACCAGAACGUCUUCAAGGGCGGAAAGGUCGCUCCCAUCCAGAAGGACAAGGAUUACUCCUUCAACUUUGCCAACCAGCUUGGCUUCGCCGACAACGCCGACUUCGUUGAGCUCAUGCGUCUCUACCUCACCAUCCACACCGAUCACGAGGGUGGUAACGUCUCUGCCCACACCACUCACCUUGUCGGCAGUGCUCUCAGCUCUCCUUUCCUCUCUCUGGCCGCUGGUCUUAACGGUCUCGCCGGCCCCCUCCACGGUCUUGCUAACCAGGAGGUCCUGAACUGGCUCACCGAGUUCAAGAAGUCUGUCGGUGACGAUCUCAGCGACAAGGCCAUCACCGACUACCUCUGGUCUACCCUCAACGCCGGCCGUGUCGUCCCCGGUUACGGCCACGCCGUCCUCCGAAAGACUGAUCCCCGUUACAUGGCUCAGCGCGCUUUCGCCCAGGAGAAGAUGCCCAACGACCCCAUGUUCAAGCUCGUCUCCCAGGUCUACAAGAUUGCUCCUGGUGUCCUCACCGAGCAUGGCAAGACCAAGAACCCUUACCCCAACGUUGAUGCCCACUCCGGUGUCCUUCUCCAGUACUACGGUCUUACUGAGGCCAACUACUACACCGUCCUCUUCGGUGUCUCUCGCGCCAUUGGUGUUCUUCCCCAGCUCAUCAUCGACCGCGCUCUCGGUGCCCCCAUUGAGCGACCCAAGUCCUUCUCCACUGACAAGUGGGCCGAGCUUGUCAAGAAGCUGUAAGGAGUUUAAAAAUGGAAGGGAAAAAGGAGACGGGAGGAUAAUGCUCAGAAGAUGGGCAGAAUGGAUUGCCGAGUUAAUGGCAUUUGUACAACACAAUGGGACUGUUUUAGUUUAGUAAUGAGCAAGUCGUCGCGGCGCGCCGAUUGAAAUGAAAUGAUUUAACAGUUAAUCUGCAAAGUUCCUCGUGUCUACGAACUGGUUCCAUGUCAUGACUCGCAAUUGAGCUCUUUGUAAAUACAAUUGAGUAAAUUGUAUGUUGCCAUACAGCAUAUUCACUCACGCCGUGAUAGCGUCGUUAUUUCGAACUUUUUUUUCUUUGGUGGAGACGGGAAUGUUGACCCCAUUGAAAGUUUCUUACAUUAGCCAGCCUUGCGAGCCGGGACAACUCGCCAGUAGAAUGCCCGUGGUUCUGGUUCAAACUUUCAAGGAGACUCAAGAAUUGUUGAAUUCUCUCUCCCGUCUGCAGAAAACCCCUGCAUCGUAAAUGUGACAAGUGAAUAACAUGUACGGAGUACGUCACGUAGUCUCGGUGAGAGAUUACACCGACAAAAUCCCAUGCGGGAUCCGUCCAUUUCAGGGACCCGAGCUCUCAACAGUCUAGACAUUCCUUCAAUCGGUUGGGUGGAGGAGGGGCGUUGAGAGCUCCAGGUCCCUCUAAUUCGGCGCCACAGGGGGGACGAAAAUAGAGGUGAGAGCUGUGAUCUUCGGGGGGUGGCUGAGGUUAUUACCGAAUGGGGAAGUAAGAGAGCUGCGAAGCUGUUGGAUUGAUUGUUGAAGAUGUAUGUUUCAAGGUGUAGUGAAUUGUCUGUAGUCUGUGAGUGAUAGUGAAGCAGGUUAGCUGUUAGUUGUUGAGGUCUAGACUUGUGAGCUUAUGAUAACUGUGCUCAGCAGUUGUAAGCAAUCUGGACCUUUUGGUGUGAGUGAAAAUACGGAGAGCUUCAG